UAGCGCACUCUGUAAUCGAGCAUCAGUCACUAUCCCUGCCCAGUCCCUGUGGCCAGGAGCUGGAGAGGGGUUGAGAGAGCAGGAGCCCAGCUGUCCAAGCCCCUGGCAGGUCCUGCAUCUUCUGAGCAUCAGCCUGACUGAGUCCUGUCUUGAGAGGGGAGACCUCAGCAUGAAGGGUGGCGCAGAUCACAGUGGGGCUGUCUAGGGACAUGUUCUUCGGAUCCUCACCUUGGUCUGUUGUUGCCACCAAAACAUCAGGAGAGAUGGACAAGCCAUUGAUCAGCCACCACCUGAUGGAUAGCGAUGGCAACCUUGCCGAGGUCCCCAGUGAGGUUCCCAAAGUGGGCAUCCUGGGUAGUGGGGACUUUGCCCGCUCCCUGGCCACACGCCUGGUGGGCUCCGGCUUCAGUGUGGUGGUGGGGAGCCGCAACCCCAAACGCACAGCCGGGCUGUUCCCCUCAGCAGCACGAGUCACUUUCCAGGAGGAGGCGGUGGGCUCCCCGGAGGUCAUCUUUGUGGCUAUGUUCCGGGAACACUACUCCACACUAUGUAGUCUCAGUGACCAGCUGGCUGGCAAGAUCUUGGUGGAUGUGAGCAACCCCACAGAGCAGGAGCACCUCCAGCACCGUGAGUCCAAUGCUGAGUACCUGGCCUCCCUCUUCCCCACCUGCCCAGUAGUCAAGGCCUUCAACGUCAUCUCUGCCUGGACCCUGCAAUCUGGCCCAAGGGAUGGGAAUCGACAGGUGCCUGUCUGCAGUGACCAGCCGGAAGCCAAGCGUGCUGUCUUGGAGAUGGCGCAGGCCAUGGGCUUCACCCCUGUGGACAUGGGGUCCCUGGCCUCGGCCCGGGAGGUGGAGGCCAUGCCCCUGCGCCUCCUCCCAGGCUGGAAGGUGCCCGCCCUCCUGGCCCUGGGGCUCUUCAUCUUCUUCUACACCUACAACUUCGUCCGGGAUGUACUGCAGCCCUACCUACAGGAGAGCAAGAACAAGUUCUACAAGCUACCGGUGUCUGUGGUCAACAUGACGCUGCCCUGCGUGGCCUACGUGCUGCUGUCACUGGUGUACCUGCCUGGUGUGCUGGCGGCUGCCCUGCAGCUGCGCCGCGGCACCAAGUACCGCCGCUUCCCCGACUGGUUGGACCAUUGGCUGCAGCACCGCAAGCAGAUCGGCCUGCUCAGCUUCUUCUGUGCCGCCCUGCACACGCUCUACAGCCUCUGCCUGCCACUGCGCCGCUCCCACCGCUAUGACCUGGUCAACCUCGUCAUCAAGCAGGUCUCAGCCAAUAAGAGUCACCUCUGGGUUGAGGAGGAAGUCUGGCGGAUGGAGAUCUACCUGUCCCUGGGAGUGCUGGCCCUCGGCACACUGUCCCUGCUGGCUGUCACCUCACUGCCAUCCAUUGCAAACUCACUCAACUGGAGGGAGUUCACCUUCGUUCAGUCCACUCUGGGCUUUGUGGGCCUGGUGCUGAGCACCCUGCACACACUCACCUAUGGCUGGACCCGUGCCUUCGAGGAGAGCCGCUACAAGUUCUACCUGCCCCCUACCUUCACACUCACGCUGCUGGUGCCCUGUGUCGUCAUCCUGGCCAAAGUUCUCUUCCUCCUGCCCUGCUUCAGCCGCAGACUCUACAAGAUUCGGAGGGGCUGGGAGAAGGAGGGUGCCAUCAAGUUCACGCUGCCAGGGGACCACGCCCUGGCCCAGGAGACGAGCCAUGUGUGAGGUUUAUGCACCCAGCUCCGGAAACCAGACGCAAGGAGGAUGGUGCCCGGAGCCUCUCAGGGCUUCUCUUCUUGAUCACACGGGACAGUGGAAUUACACAAAUUGCUGGAGUGAGGUCUGAAUUCCUGGGAUGUGUGCAGUAAUAUGCAAAGUGACACACCCACGUGUGUGAUAUAUGUCUAUAUGUAUUUCAUAUAUAUUCAGGAUUUGCACUUAUACUUCCUUAACUAAAAAGUUGAGUCCCUGAGAUUCCAACUUGUAGAUUUAAAAGCAGGUGCCAGCUGUUAGGAGAAGAGCAUCUCACACUAUUGUGACAUUUGCAGAGAUGCACAGACCUUUUGCACAGAAAAAGCAGUCAGAGGCUUAUACUUGGUGGGUUUGAUCCAUUUGUGCCCUCCCUGCCCCCUCUGCCUCCACUCUCCUUUUUGCGACUUUCCUGGGGCUUUUUGCAGAGCUGGGGCUCUCAGGUGGCAGGGCAGAUGAGAGCUCUGUUUGGAGACCAGUUUGGUGCACAGGGCUGAGGAGUCCCAGUGAGCAGAGGAUGCAGCUCCUCCCUUGGCUGCAGCAGGAGGAGGAAUGAUUGAGGGGGCGAUGGGUUAGCCUAUCUUUGUGCCCGGGGAGCCACCUGCAGGUCCAUCCUUUGCCAGGUUAGGGGUGGGAUGGGGGAGGGUUGGGGCUGAGGCUCCUCCCCCAAAUCCUCCUUGAGCCGGGGAGAUUCUUUUUUUUCCUGAAAGUCAGAAGCUACCAUGGCGACUGCAAAUUGAGCCUUCUGCAGGAGUGUGAAAUCACCUCCCCGCAGGAGCCACUAAUGAACACCGUCCUGAGAACAAGUGUAAUUUCUUUCCCUCUUUUAAGUUGGUGAUGACCGUUCUUUAAACCACUGUGCCUUCUCACCUUUUAAAUCAUUAGUUUGAAUGUCUCCCAGAAAGGCCUAGCGCAGACCCUCUAAAAGUCAGUUCAUGGGGGAGGGGAAAACGAGGCCCUGUGUGCUCAGGGUGACAGACUCGCCUUUCUCGGGACCCUGCUUGGGGGCUGAAGGACUGACUGUCCCCACUGACUCGGUCCUGUGGAAGGACAUGGGGAUCUCUUCAGAUGUCUUCCACUACCAAUGGGCAGAGAACCUGCCUUCUGAGCCCCCUGAAAACCACACUGGCUCCAACAUCCUCCUAAUGGAAGGUUAUAUUUCAAAAUGGGGUGGGGAGGGUCUUUUCUGCCCAAACUACAAACUGGAAAUGCUGCUGCCCCAAAGCACAAAAGGCUUCAGGACAUGUAUCCCUUGAAUCAUAGGCCAUCCCUCACUGAUUCUUAUGGAAACUUUUAUUUCCCCUGUGGAGAGACAGCUGUUCUCUGCUGAACCCCCAACCCCUGGCAGAACCUUGAUGUGUCCUCUUUGAACCCAAAGAGGGUAAGUUCCUAAGGGAAGACAGAUCGCAGUGAGACACACCCUGAAUGGGGGCCUUGGUCAUGCUUAUAUCCUUAGGUCUCCCGGGCCAGAGGUGUCUUAGGAUGGACUAAAGAGCCAGCCGGCAGAAGUGACGGUAGUGCUAGAGAAGAGGAUGUGCCUGCCUGCCCACCGAGGCACAUGAGCUCAUGUCUGUGGAGUGCAUUACGGUCCUUUAGAGAAAAGGGGAAAAAAAGCCAAGUGCAAGCAUAUCUCAUUAGGCCAGUGACUGAUGGAGGGAAGGCAGUGCAGGCGAAGCUGUCCGCUUCCUGCAGAUGUUUCCCAGCUGCUGCUCCAAGGCCGAGUGGCACAAAGCCUGCCCCCCAAAAGGGCCCUGAUUGAGCGGCAGCUGUGGCCCUCAACAGGCUCAUUGUCAAGGAGGCAGGUGAAGGAGAGAUUUCAGCAUUUUCUGGACAAAAUGAGGGCCCAUCAAUUUGCUGCUGAUAGGAAGCCUGGAAAACAUGGACAACUGGGAUGACGGGCUGUCAACCCUGGUUGGUACUGGCUGCGUUUUUUCUCUGGCCCUCCCGAGGUCUGGGAUGUUUCCUUGUACCAAAGAUGCUCACAUAGAUCAAAGUCCAGUGUCCUCCCUCUCAUUCCUCACCCACUUGCUGCAGGUGCUUCUCAGAAGGGAACAGGUGUGGCAGAGGACCUGGCCACUCCCCAAUGGGGACAAUCAGCUCAUGAAAAGCAGGGGGUGCUAUGUGCUUGGCCUUGAUCUGGUGUCUGCUGCUGCUCUUCCCUUCCUAAUCAGGCAGCUGGCAACAGCACCCCCAUGAGAGCAAGUCACUCCCUUACAGCCUGGGAAAUUCUCUGUGCCUUUGGGUACAAAAGUGCCUGAACUAAAGUACUCUGGAAACCCUAAAAAUUGCCAUGGUCUGAGGUUGAAUGUUUAAAAUCUAUGCCUUUGAAACAGUCUGUGUAUUUUAUUCUUACCUUGUAGAGCUUGCCUAGACAGCAAAAAUAAAUGCCUAACCUUCCAUGAA